AAGGCACAAAAGCAGAAGAGACAACAAAAUUUUCGGCCCAACCAGUGACCGAGAAAAGGAGCCAAGAUGGAUUGGCUGACCUAACUCAAAAAGAAGGUGCUGAAAUUGCUGCUGACGCUGAAGCACCUCAAGAAAUUAAAGAAGCGGAGGCAGUACAGUCGGAGCAAGCUACCACUUCUGAAGCUGAAGCAACUGUUGAGGAGGCUGAGCAACAGCCAAAAGCUGAUGGCACACAGCCAGAAAGGGAGCAAACACAGGAAGAGGUGCAACCUACUAAGAAAACAGAAAUGAGCGAGGUAAAACAGGAAUUGACCGUUGACCAGAGCUCGGUGAUGGAUGCAUCUCCGGCAGUAGCGGAGGAAGAAUCACUGAUAGCAGAAGAAGAAUCAGAAGUUGCGAAGGAUAACACGUUCGAGCUGCAAGCAGCACCACCAGCGAAACAUUCAAGAACAUCAAAUGAACUGAGCGGUGAUGCUACUUUGCCGGAUGAGGCAAAGGAAGUUGUUGCGGAGCAGCAGCCCGAUGAACUCGUCCACAUUGAAACCACCGAAUUAAGCGAGGAGUCAACUACACCCAACAAAGGUUCCCGGAUAGUACAUUUUAUUACAAGAUGCAGUACACACCGCUGGCUGUGGCUGGCCAUAGAUCUGUCACUGGAGCACAUUAUCGGGCACUCGCUGAUCAUAGGUCUAUUGCGUGCUGACUGUCACAGUGCAUUUCAGAAUAACUUUUAUUCUUGA